AUGCAAGCACAUAGUGAGAGAUUCUUUUAUGUGAUUGAUGCUGAUGAGGAGUUUCGCAUUAGAAACUUGUUUUGGGCUGAUGCAAGGAGUCGGGCGACUUAUGAAGCAUUUGGAGAUGUCGUUUCAUUUGACACAACUUAUUUGACGAACAAAUAUGACAUGCCAUUUGCUCCAUUUGUCGGAGUUAAUCACUAUGAACAGUCCAUUUUGCUUGGUUGUGGAUUGUUGUCUAGUGAAGACACUAACACAUUUGUUUGGCUAUUCAAGUCAUGGUUAAGUUGCAUGUCAAAUCAUCCGCCAAAAGCUAUCAUAACUGAUCAGUGUAGACCUAUGCAAAAUGCUAUAGAAAUUGUGUUUCCACAAGCUCGAUAUCGGUGGUGCUUAUGGCAUAUCAUGAAGAAAAUUCUGAAAAAGUUGAAAGGAUAUGCUCAGUAUGAAGCCAUAAAGUUGGCUAUGCAAAAUACAGUUUAUGACUGUCUGACAAGAGCUGAAUUUGAGAGUAAAUGGAAAGAGAUGCUUGCAACAUUCAAUCUUUAUGAUAAUGAGUGGUUGGGGGUACUAUAUGAUGAGCGGAAUAGAUGGCAAUUCGUUGAACAAUAUGACAAUGCCUUGAGAAAUAAGGUAGAGAAAGAGAAGAAAGCAGACUUCAAGUCUCGACACAAAUUGUUUGAUUGCCUAACUAUAUACGAGUUUGAGAAGCAAUUUCAGCAAGCCUACACCAAUGCGAAAUCCAAAGAAGUUCAAGGAGAGUUUAAGAGAUUAGUUUACUGUCAGGCGGUGAUUGUGAAAGAGAAGGGAUCAAUUUCUAUAUAUAAUGUCCAAGAAGCGAUGGUAGUUUCUGAGAAGAUGAAGCAUGUGGACUUUGUUGUCUAUUUUAAUUCAACUGAAUGUGAAGUUCAAUGCAUAUGUUGGUUGUUUGAGUUUAGAGGCAUUAUGUGUGCUCGCUCACUCGCUAUGCUUGUCAGAAGAUGCAUAAAUGAGGUGCCAAGUAAAUACAUUUUGCCCCAGUGGAGAAAAGAUGUGGAUAGAGAAUACGCAUGCAUCAAAGCCACAUACACUGGCUUUGGGAAUGAUUUCAAUGCAAGUACCUAUGAGAGGAUGAACAAAAAAUUGAUUGCCAUUGUACAAUUUGCUGGUAGCUCUGAAGGCAAAACUAGAAUUGUAGACCUUGGGUUGGAUGAAAUCAAGGAGAGAGUCAUGAAAGAAGAAUCCGGUGAUGGGAGUAAUUUACCAUGUUCAACAAGAAGUCCGAUUCACACUGGUUCUACACAAGGAGGUACUAAUAGGAAGGUGAUUAGUCCUUUGGUUGCUCGGCGAAGAGGUCGUCCAGUUACGAAACGGAAGGUUGCGAAAGUAGAUCAAAUUGUUAAUCGGUUCAAGGCAACGGCAAAAAAACAAACAAAAGCAAAGGCUGCUAAGUUGCUCCGAUUUGAACCUGAAGCUCAAGCUCAAGCUCAAACACCGUAUUAUCCUUAUAUGGUGGCCCAUGGUAUUGGAGGCACAUCUCUUACUCCAUCGGACUUCAUAAGUGGCACACAGGGAAGUUUGAUGAGUGCUCCAACUCCGAUUUAUGGUUCUGCAUCGGGAAGCUUGGAUAUUACAGACUUGUUUGACUAG